UUCUCACUCCUUGCUUUCGAGUUUGCUUUAUUCCCAUCCCAACCUGGUUUACUCCUUUCUCUGCUUCCCCCCUCCAUCUAGCCGUCUUCCCUUCCCCCGUUUGUUUUGCAAAACACGGCCAUGCCAUCUGCAAAGGUGUCGCGAUGCACUUCCCCAAAUAACCAGUCCGGCGCGCCAGCCCCUAGUCGCCCUCCGUUUGCGGGCGCACACCGAGGCCUCGCAGCCUGGGCGCAGUUGCACCGCGCGGGGCGGGGCGCAGCGGUGCGGGCUCCGGGGGACACCCGCUCCCGGGUCCCGGCGCUCGGCCGGUUUCCGGUACACGCGGGGAAAUCGCCUCCCGCCAGUGUCUGCGCGCUCGCCCCCGCCUCCGCCGCCUGGAUUGCAUUAUUAUUUUUAUCCGGGUUGCAGUUUGCAGCGGAUCCUGUAUCACUGUACUGACUGGCAGAGUCAGGAGAAGUAGAUGUCCACGCCCACAGACCCUGGUGCGAUGCCCCACCCAGGGCCUUCGCCAGGGCCGGGACCCUCUCCUGGACCAAUUCUUGGGCCCAGUCCAGGACCUGGACCAUCCCCAGGUUCCGUCCACAGUAUGAUGGGGCCAAGUCCUGGGCCUCCAAGUGUCUCACACCCUAUGCCGUCGAUGGGGUCUGCUGACUUCCCGCAGGAAGGCAUGCAUCAAAUGCAUAAGCCCAUUGAUGGUAUGCACGACAAGGGGGUUGUGGAAGAUAUCCAUUGUGGAUCCAUGAAGGGCACCGCUAUGCGACCUCCUCACCCAGGAAUGGGCCCUCCCCAGAGUCCGAUGGACCAACACAGCCAAGGCUACAUGUCGCCGCACCCGUCUCCGCUGGGAGCCCCCGAGCACGUCUCCAGCCCUAUAUCGGGAAGUGGCCCAACCGCACCGCAGAUGCCACCAAGCCAGCCAGGGACCCUCAUCCCAGGCGACCCGCAGGCGAUGAGCCAGCCCAACAGGGGGCCCUCGCCUUUCAGUCCCGUCCAGCUGCAUCAGCUGCGAGCUCAGAUUUUAGCUUACAAAAUGCUGGCCCGGGGCCAACCCCUCCCGGAAACGCUGCAGCUCGCGGUCCAGGGGAAAAGGACGUUGCCGGGCAUGCAGCAGCAGCAGGCGGCGCCUCAGCCGCAGCCGCCACCGCAGCCGCAGCCACCGCCGCCGCCGCAGCAGCAGGCCCUUGUCAACUACAGCAGGCCAUCUGGCCCGGGGCCGGAGCUGAGCGGCCCGAGCCCCCCACAGAAGCUGCCGGUGCCCGCGCCCAGCGGCCGGCCCUCGCCUGCGCCCCCUGCAGCAGCGCCGCCGCCCGCGGCCGCCGUGCCCGGGCCCUCGGUGCCACAGCCGACCCCGGGGCAGCCCUCGCCCAUCCUGCAGCUGCAGCAGAAGCAGAGCCGGAUCAGCCCCGUCCAGAAACCGCAGGGCCUGGACCCCGUGGAGAUUCUGCAGGAGCGGGAGUACAGACUUCAGGCUCGCAUAGCCCAUAGGAUACAGGAACUGGAAAAUCUCCCUGGCUCUUUGCCACCAGAUUUACGAACCAAAGCAACCGUGGAACUGAAAGCACUUCGGUUACUCAAUUUCCAGCGUCAGCUGAGACAGGAGGUAGUGGCCUGCAUGCGACGGGACACGACCCUGGAGACGGCCCUCAACUCCAAAGCAUACAAACGGAGCAAGCGCCAGACCCUGAGGGAAGCCCGCAUGACGGAGAAGCUGGAGAAGCAGCAGAAGAUCGAGCAGGAGAGGAAGCGUCGGCAGAAGCACCAGGAAUACCUGAACAGUAUUUUGCAGCAUGCAAAAGAUUUUAAGGAGUACCAUCGGUCUGUGGCCGGGAAGAUCCAGAAGCUUUCCAAAGCAGUGGCCACUUGGCAUGCCAACACUGAAAGGGAGCAGAAGAAGGAGACCGAGCGGAUUGAAAAGGAGAGAAUGCGGAGAUUGAUGGCUGAAGAUGAAGAGGGCUAUAGAAAACUGAUCGAUCAAAAGAAAGAUAGGCGUUUAGCGUACCUUUUGCAGCAGACGGAUGAGUAUGUGGCCAACCUGACUAAUCUGGUUUGGGAGCACAAGCAAGCCCAGGCGGCCAAAGAGAAGAAGAAGAGGAGGAAGAAGAGGAAGAAGGCUGAAGAGAAUGCAGAGGGGGAGGAGUCUGCCCUGGGACCAGAUGGAGAGCCCAUAGAUGAGAGCAGCCAGAUGAGUGACCUCCCUGUCAAAGUGACUCACACAGAAACCGGCAAGGUCCUGUUUGGCCCAGAAGCACCCAAAGCAAGUCAGCUGGAUGCCUGGUUGGAAAUGAAUCCUGGUUACGAAGUUGCCCCUAGAUCGGACAGUGAAGAGAGCGAUUCUGAUUAUGAGGAGGAGGAUGAAGAGGAAGAGUCCAGUAGGCAGGAAACUGAAGAGAAAAUACUUCUGGAUCCAAACAGCGAAGAGGUUUCCGAGAAGGACGCUAAGCAGAUCAUCGACUGUUUUCGGCUCUCCAUUCAUGCACCAACUUCUCUGUGUGUGACUCUCCACUGUCUCUGGCCCAGGACAGCUAAGCAAGACGUGGACGAUGAGUACAGCAUGCAGUACAGUGCCAGGGGUUCCCAGUCCUACUACACGGUGGCGCACGCCAUCUCGGAGAGGGUGGAGAAGCAGUCGGCCCUCCUCAUCAAUGGGACCCUGAAGCAUUAUCAGCUCCAGGGCCUGGAAUGGAUGGUUUCUCUGUAUAAUAACAAUUUGAAUGGAAUCUUAGCUGAUGAAAUGGGGCUGGGAAAGACCAUACAGACCAUUGCACUCAUCACGUAUCUGAUGGAGCACAAAAGACUCAAUGGCCCCUAUCUCAUCAUUGUUCCCCUUUCGACUCUAUCUAACUGGACGUAUGAAUUUGACAAAUGGGCUCCUUCCGUGGUGAAAAUUUCUUACAAGGGCACCCCUGCCAUGCGUCGCUCCCUCGUCCCCCAGUUACGGAGUGGCAAAUUCAAUGUCCUCCUGACUACUUACGAGUACAUUAUAAAAGACAAGCACAUUCUUGCAAAGAUUCGGUGGAAAUAUAUGAUAGUGGACGAAGGCCACCGAAUGAAGAAUCACCACUGCAAGCUGACUCAGGUCCUGAACACUCACUACGUGGCCCCCAGAAGGAUCCUCUUGACCGGGACCCCCCUGCAGAAUAAGCUCCCGGAACUCUGGGCCCUCCUCAACUUCCUCCUUCCCACGAUUUUUAAGAGCUGCAGCACAUUUGAGCAGUGGUUUAAUGCUCCAUUUGCCAUGACUGGAGAAAGGGUGGACUUAAAUGAAGAAGAAACUAUAUUGAUCAUCAGGCGUCUGCAUAAGGUGUUGAGACCAUUUUUACUUAGGAGACUGAAGAAAGAAGUUGAAUCCCAGCUUCCAGAAAAAGUUGAAUAUGUGAUCAAGUGUGACAUGUCAGCUCUGCAGAAGAUUCUGUAUCGCCAUAUGCAAGCCAAAGGGAUCCUCCUCACAGACGGUUCGGAGAAAGAUAAGAAGGGGAAAGGAGGCGCCAAGACACUUAUGAACACUAUCAUGCAGUUGAGAAAAAUCUGCAAUCACCCAUAUAUGUUUCAGCACAUUGAGGAAUCCUUUGCUGAACACCUGGGCUAUUCAAAUGGGGUCAUCAAUGGGGCUGAGCUGUAUCGGGCCUCAGGAAAGUUUGAGCUACUUGAUCGUAUUCUGCCAAAAUUGAGAGCGACUAAUCACCGCGUGCUGCUUUUCUGCCAGAUGACGUCUCUCAUGACCAUCAUGGAGGAUUACUUUGCUUUUCGGAACUUCCUUUACCUGCGCCUUGAUGGCACCACCAAGUCUGAAGAUCGUGCUGCUUUGCUGAAGAAAUUCAACGAACCUGGGUCCCAGUAUUUCAUUUUCUUGCUGAGCACAAGAGCUGGAGGCCUGGGCUUAAAUCUCCAGGCAGCUGAUACCGUGGUCAUCUUUGACAGCGACUGGAAUCCUCAUCAGGACCUGCAAGCACAAGACCGCGCUCACCGCAUCGGCCAGCAGAACGAGGUCCGCGUGCUGAGACUCUGCACCGUGAACAGUGUGGAGGAAAAGAUCCUCGCAGCCGCCAAGUACAAGCUGAAUGUGGAUCAGAAAGUGAUCCAGGCAGGCAUGUUUGAUCAGAAGUCUUCAAGCCACGAGCGGAGGGCAUUCCUGCAAGCCAUACUGGAGCACGAAGAGGAAAAUGAGGAAGAAGAUGAAGUACCCGACGAUGAGACUCUGAACCAAAUGAUCGCUCGACGAGAGGAGGAAUUUGAUCUUUUUAUGCGCAUGGACAUGGACCGGCGGAGGGAGGAUGCCCGGAACCCAAAACGCAAGCCCCGCCUGAUGGAGGAAGAUGAGCUGCCCUCCUGGAUUAUUAAAGAUGACGCCGAGGUGGAACGGCUGACGUGUGAAGAAGAGGAGGAGAAGAUUUUCGGGAGGGGGUCUCGCCAGCGCCGGGACGUGGACUACAGCGACGCCCUCACAGAGAAGCAGUGGCUGAGGGCCAUUGAAGACGGCAAUUUGGAAGAAAUGGAAGAGGAAGUACGGCUUAAGAAGCGAAAAAGACGAAGAAAUGUGGAUAAAGAUCCUGCAAAAGAAGAUAUGGAAAAGGCCAAGAAGAGGAGAGGUCGCCCUCCGGCUGAGAAACUGUCACCAAAUCCCCCUAAACUGACAAAGCAGAUGAACGCUAUCAUCGAUACUGUGAUAAACUACAAAGACAGGUGUAACGUGGAGAAGGUGCCCAGUAAUUCUCAGUUGGAAAUAGAAGGAAACAGUUCAGGGCGACAGCUCAGUGAAGUCUUCAUUCAGUUACCUUCAAGAAAAGAAUUACCAGAAUACUAUGAAUUAAUUAGGAAACCGGUGGAUUUCAAAAAAAUAAAGGAAAGAAUCCGUAAUCAUAAGUACCGAAGCCUGGGUGACCUGGAGAAAGAUGUCAUGCUGCUCUGUCACAAUGCUCAGACGUUCAACUUGGAGGGAUCCCAGAUCUACGAAGACUCCAUCGUCUUACAGUCGGUGUUCAAGAGUGCUCGGCAGAAAAUCGCCAAAGAAGAAGAGAGUGAGGACGAGAGCAACGAAGAGGAGGACGAGGAAGAGGAAGACGAGUCAGAGUCAGAGGCAAAAUCUGUUAAGGUGAAAAUCAAGCUCAAUAAAAAAGAUGACAAAGGCCGGGACAAAGGAAAAGGCAAGAAAAGGCCAAAUCGAGGAAAAGCCAAACCUGUGGUGAGCGAUUUUGACAGCGAUGAAGAGCCGGAUGGAAAUGAACAGUCAGAAGCUAGUGGGACUGAUGACGAGUGAUCAGUAUGGACAUUUUUUUUCUUGGUAGAACUGAACUCCUUCUCCCCUCUCCCGUCUCCACUCAGUGAGUUCAUUUGUCAUAUGGGCACUGGGUUGUUUCUAUAUCAUUAUCAUCUAUAAGCUAGCUUUAGGAUAGUGCCAGACAAACAUAUGAUAUCAUGGUGUAAAGAAACACACGCAUACACAAAUCUUUGUAACAUAUUGUGACCAAAUGGGCCUCAAAGAUUAAAACAAACAAAAAAGCUUUUGAUGGAAAAUAAUGUGGGUGGAUAGUAUAUUUCUAUGGGUGGGUCUUGGUAACGGUUUGACUGUGCCUGGUUUUAUCACCUGUUCAGAUGAGAAGAUUUUUGUCUUUUUGUAGCACUGAUAACCAGGAGAAGCCAUUAAAAGCCACUGGUUAUUUUAUUUUUCAUCAGGCAAUUUUCAAGGUUUUUAUUUGUUCGGUAUUUUUUUUUUUUUUACACUGUGGUACAUAUGAGCAACUUUAAUAGGCGAUAAAUGUUAGACUUCACCUACAUAGACAUUUUUCCAUUUUAUGCUCUAUGAUCUGAAAAACACGCUUUUUGAAUUGUAUAAGAUUUAUGUCUACUGUAAACAUUGCUUAAUUUUUUGCUCUUGAUUUAAAAGAGAAGUUUUGCUGAAAUCGCUAUUGAAUAUUGCAAUCUAUAUAGUGUAAUGGAUGGCUUCCUUUGUCAACCUGAUCUCCUGUGUUACCCAUGUGUAUUGUCUCCUUCUCCCUCAAGUGUACUUAAUCUUUGCUUUCUUUGCACAAUGUCUUUGGUUGCAAGUCAUAAGCCUGAGGCAAAUAAAAUUCCAGUAAUUUCCAA